AUGCGCUGGCCCAUGCAUGGCCAAAUCGACCGCUCUAUGCUUCCCUUCACUACCCUUGAUACUGCCCUCCCUAGACAGGAUCCUCAGGGGCAAUCACAAGGUGCUACUAGUAGCCCCGAAAUGGCUAGGGAGGAGGACUUGUCUUCCAGUGUGGUUUCCGAGCAUCGCUCACUUUCUCAUCCUCGGCUGGUCUCAGGCAGCCCUGACAGCCGCCUGUGUAAGACUCUGUCUCCAGUGGAGAUUUACUAUGAGACGAGGACUAACCUUAACUCUACCUAUAGCUCUGUCAGCCCAAGUCAUUCCCUGCCAAGAAGUGCAUCCAAUGUGGAUGGCAUGAGUGUUCCAGCUACACCUAUACUAUCUCAAAAUAUACCAGUCUGCAUUCACGUGAGGUCUGAUAUGUCUAGUGAUGUAGCAUUAAAGCAGUGGGAUGGAAGUCCGGAUGUUGCCCGUUUUCUUCCUUUGGCAUCUCUGGAGAGUUCCUCCUCGGAGCGUAUGAGUUACAUAUACAACUCUCUUGCCCGCCGUAGCAACAGCUCUGAGGCAUUGCUUGACCGCUCCAACCAUCCUCAGCUAGUGGCUCCCCGAAAUGGCAUGCCCCCUAGAACUGGACCCUAUAAGAGCUCAGAGUCCUUGACUGACGGCAAGCUGAGGCACAUGUACCAUGGGAGCCCAGAGAGGCAGCUAGGUGGAUCUAAAGAACAAGGCCACAUGCAUUCAUCAGUUAGCAAAGGAAGUGGGGCAAGCUAUGACGAGACACUGAUGGACUGUAUGACCAAGCCACAAAAGAGACCAGUUCAGUCCCAGCAACACUUUUCAGUAGAGCACAUAUGGCCUGACCUUUCUGCUCUUCCCAAAUCUCGGACCUCAACUCAUUGCAAUGUUUUUCCUCAUUCCCAGAUGCAUUUAACCUCUGACACACACUCUAACAGCCCCAUAUUUGUACAGAGUUACGAGACUAAACCACGUCAAGUCAAAGUCACACGGACUAAGUCCUGUGGGCCCUUUACCCCUCUCCAGCAGCACAGCCUGGACCAUUUACUGGUAUAUGCUUAUGAGCCUACCAACCUUUUAUCUGGCUCCACUGCUUCAUCCUUUCCGAGCCUACUACCCCACCAAACAGAGAUACCCAAUUCCACUGUCACUUUCAGUAGCAAACCUGGACCCUUCUCCCUGCCUACCCUGGAUGACUCUACCCGCAGCCUACACAAGGCCCUGGCAUUAGAGGGGCUCCGGGACUGGUAUCUGAGGAAUGCACUGGGUUACCCAACUGCAGGCAGGGGGCAAGAGGGACUUCGCCUGCGCACCCCACCCCACCUGGUGCGCCUUCCAUGGUCUGUCCCACUGGGCCCACUCUACUCACAUUCACAGAUCCCCCAGUCAAACUCCUUUCAUGGGCACCCACUGCAUGGCAGGUCUGUGGAGUUCUCUCUCUACCAAGAGCGAUUUACCUCCAAGGAAACCACUCAGAAGGAGGCUAGAUCAGAUCCCCCUGCCCCUGGAACUCUGGUAUAACUGCCAGAUCACACUACAUUAAAAACCUACAUUGUGCUAUCUAAAACCAUAAAUGUGUAUGGCAAUUUUCAGAAAUCAAGCUUAAGUUGUACAGUUAGGAUGAAGGGUUUAAUAAAUAUAGAUUAGUCUUCGCAUGAGCUUUUGUUUGCCCUACUACUUAUGUAUACUGCUGAAAUACAGUAUAAUUAUAUUACAAUUACAUUGUAUAUGAUUUGGCAAACUGUAAUAAGCUUAUCUUUCCAUCACCUUCAGAUAUAUUUUCAUGUAUAUAUAC